AUGAUCCGGCCGGAUUCCGGCGCCGAUCGUGCCGCUGGCGACCCCCUUGGGUUCACCUUCCCCAAGGGUUAUAGUAUUGAUCGGGGCUGCGGCCGGAGGCCACCAGCAGUGGGCUGGGCCGAUGAGUGGGACACGGGGACAGGUGAAAUUGGGGACAGAGGAUUUGAACUCAUGGCAGAAGCCAUUUCAUUGUUCUGGUAUCAGUGGAUGCAGGAUUUUGAAGCAUUUCAGGCAGCAUUGGACACUGAUUCAUCCUACACAUCAACUUUAGCAAGAAGUCUUGCUCUGGCACUCGAAGAGUUUUACAAAAAUAUGCACUCCGUGGGAGUUUCAGCAGUUUCUGGUGAUGGAAUGGAAGCCUUUUUCACUGCAAUUGAAUCAAGUGUUAAAGAAUACAUGGAGAACUAUGAAGCUGACCUCGAUAAGAGAAGGGCCGAGAAACAGCGUCUAGAAACUGACCGCAGGAAGGAAAACAUGGAGAGACUCCGUAAAGACAUGGAGAAAUCUAAAGGGCAAACAGUCGUACUUAACACUGGUCUAAAAGACAAAGGAUCUCUUAAGAUGGAGGAUGAGGAAGAGGAGGAGGAUGAGGAAGAGGAGUUGGAGGAUAUUAGAUUCUCUGAGGAAGAGACGGAGGAAGAUGAAGGGGAAGAUGAAGAGGUUGCGCACUUUGGUUUUUGA